AUGGCAGCAUUGCUAACGAAAUCUGUAGAAUAUCAAUUCGCGGAACUUUGUCUAAUUAAACAAGAGAUGGCGAAUGCUAUUUUCUUUUACCCACUAGCAGUCAUCGUGGUGCCUAGUUUUGCACUGCACAUUGCUACAUUCUUUCACAUUGUCAAGGUCUCUCAAUCCGAGUCCAUAUCAUCCCAAGGGAGCACCAAACUUUCUGAAUUCAUAACUGAAAAACACGUCUUAACUGCCGUGAAAAUUCAAUGGCGCGCCUUAUUGCUCGCCGUUGUCUUAGUAGCUACUGUGAUCACCUACUGGCUAUUCUACUUUAUCGAAUUGCGUGACAUUACCAACGGUCCCAGAAAUAAAAAUUUCCUUGUUGACUGGCUAAUAUGCAUUCAAUCGAACCGUGGGCAGAACGAGUGUUCAAAGAUUGCUGAUGGGUAUAUGCCAUCCCUUGGACUUCUAUUGAUGGCAGAGUUCUUGGCAAGUCUUAUUGGGAUUUGGUUGUUGGCCAUAUUUUCGAACUCUGCUAUGUGGAAUGGGUGGUCACGGUGGUUUGGCGAGAAGCUCAGAACCAGGCCGAAGAUUGAAGCGCCAGAACAGUUUCUUGCCAUAUAA